AUGAUUUGUUUUGUGAUUGCAGCAUUGUCAACAACAAGCACUUUCUUGGGUAAUUUACAAAAGCUAGGUGAUCAAUGUGGAGGAUUGAAUUAUCGAGGAAAUACUCAAUGUGAACGAACAUUACGAUGUAUAGUUCGAAGUGAAUGGACAUCAACUUGUCUGUGUCCUGAUGGAAGCUGGUGGUGUGAAGGCGCACCUGGUUAUGUUACUCCAUCAUCGGCAAUGCCUACAGCAAAGACAGUGUAUACUACUCAACCACCUGUGAUUCUACUGAAGCUGGGUGAUCAAUGUGGAGGAUUGAACUAUCGAGGAAAUACUCAAUGUGAACCAACAUUACGAUGUAUAGUUCGAAGUGAAUGGACAUCAACUUGUCUAUGCCCCAAUGGAAGUUGGUGGUGUGCAGGUGUACCUGGUUAUAUCAAAUAA